AUGCAGGAGUUUCUGCAAGCCCAUGUCGCUCUGAUUGCUGCGGCCUGCACCACGCGGCGCCGGAUAGCGGCAGCAGGCUCUGCUCGAGCAUCGUUUGCUGUGCCGCUACUGGACCUUGCUCAAUCCCAGCGGUCUGAGGCCUCCACAGGCACACCGUUCUUGGAUGCGUUCAGAGGUAUCGGUGCAUUCCAGGUUCGGGUGCCCGCACCGCUGGCACGAGACACUCAGCACGUCUUCGAGCACUUUGAGACUUUCAUGGCGCUGCCGGAAGCAGACGCCGGACUUGCAACAGACUGGCUCGGCACCGUUUCCUGUGCGACCCUGGGGAGGUGCUGGUUGUGCACGGCUAUCAACCACGAGGCGGAGAGGCCGAACGCUCUUUGCCAAGCACUUACCAUGUCGGACCCCAGAAGACCUGACAAAGGGUUCACAGCAGCACGACUCGUCGUCUUAAGCGCAUCUUUGCAGGUUGCAGGGCUACUCACUGCUCUCCAAAGCCAGUUUACAUCAAUGACUUGCAGCGCAAAGCUGAGAUGUCUUGAAGGUUUCAAUCGAUUCCGCUCCGGCAUCGUGUUCCACGGCAAGAGCACGCUGCCUUUGCUGCCGGAGCCUUUUGAGGCAACCUGCUAG